CCGACUGAAUAUGAGCAUCUGUAUUUUCAUUGAAGCAAAGCCUAUCUAUCACACUCUCUAAUCUAAUGGCAAACACACUCAUGUUUCUCCGACCCGCCAUGGGCCGGGUCUCCGCUGCUGCUCCAGGAAAACCCGACCCAGAGAAUCAAAAGGCCGGUUCUUCCAUUUGGUGGGCUCCGUUGUUCGGAUGGUCCACGGAUCCGGACUACUUGAGCAGCUCCAGCUUAAAGGUGAGUGAAGGGUCGGAUCCGGAGCGGGAACCGGUCCGACCCAGAUCGAAGUUCGCACCGGGAUGCUUCACGGAGGAGAAGGCAAGACAACUGAGGAAGAAGACCAUGGAAACGUCGACGUUCCACGACAUCAUGUACCACUCGGCGAUUGCGUCCAGACUCGCCUCCGAUGCUUCCAAAGGGUACGAGAAAUAGGAGGAUCUUGUCUUUUGUUGCGUGUGUCGUUGGCCUUUGCAUGUUUCCAAUUCGUCGGUUUCAUUAUUUUCUUCGAAAUUUGUCCUGAAUUAUUGUCAUAUUUACUAAGAACAAUUAAUUAGCCUAUGAAUGAUUUGGGACACGCUGGAUGGAAUCUAUGUGUAUUAAGCCUGGCUCCUUUUGUGCUAGUUGUAUGAAUCUGUCU